AGCUCGUUCGGCUGUUGCUCAGCAACCAAACACGUGUAAGGUGUUGACAAAAACAGAAAGGGUAGUUAGCAUUGCGGGUUGUCUUUUAUGUGUUUGAAAAAUGGAUAAAGAUGUAGAAGACGACGAGGAACUUAUCAACAGCCUUGAAAAAUAUAUGCGACAUCAAAGAUUGGUUGACUGGCCUGUGACUUUUGAGGAAAACAUCGAAUUAUCAAGCUUCAUUAGUUACAGUUCAUCAGAGGAUAUAUAUAUAUUUUUUAAAGAGAAUGUGCCUUUCCCAGAUAAUAUUCACACUUCAUUUUCCAAUGACAUUGAAGAGCUUUGGUCAAAAAUCAAACAGCAUGAGUCCACAAUGUCACAAGUACAAAGGAAAGAGGCCAAACUGUUGGUUUACAGCAACAAGUAUCAUGAAUAUGUUGAAAGAGCACGUAGAAUACUGAACGAAAAGAGUAAGAUAGUGUCACGAAGUCUGGAAAUUAGGGACUAUGACUAUCCAGGAUUUGAUGAAGUAGAAGUCACUGGUAUCCCUGGCCACCCUGACGCCCUUCUACAUUUAGACUUUGUCUCAGAAGCCCAAGGCUUUAAUCCAGGCUUCCUGAAGAUCUGGAGGCCGUUCUUUUUAUCGGGCCUCUCUGUGGCAGUGCUCAGAGACACCUUCUGGUGGUUUUUUCUUCAUCGGUUUAAGCCCAGUGCUGAGGAGGAGAACAAACUGUUUGACCGCAUUGCGAAGGCUUUCGUCUCUCUUUUCAAUACAGUCCAGAGGGACCUGAAGGAUAAGUUAUUUAUGGUGUAUGCAGACUGCUUGGCCCAGGCAGUUUACACAGCAUUUUAUGGAGCUUUUCCGGAGUCAAUGCAACAACUAAACAGUGACUUCAAGAGACACCUGGCUGACUGUAUCUCUUUCUGGGUAUCAGGUGUGAAGCCCAACCUGUUGUCAUGGCAAAACUGGAACCUGGACUGGCUAAGUUCACAAGGAACUGGAGAAAUCAAGGGCGAGUCUACAUGGGAUCUGCAGGAGGUGUUUGACGAGGUUGUGUCAAACAUCAGGAAACUGAACGUGGCCACACCCCUCUCCUCCUCCGCCCGGGGGGGCAGAAUGGCCACACCCCUCCCCUCCUCCACCAGGGGAGGCAGCGUGGAGGAAGCCGACGUCAAGAAGAAAGAGUCCAACUUUGUAGGCCCAGGUCCAGAGUUCCAGCAUGUUCCUUUUAAGCUGUGUGGUCCAAGUCCUCUGAUGAUGCGCUACCUCCAGCUCCACAGCAUCCCUGUGCCCCCGGCCUGCGACACACGCAGGAUCCAACGCACCGAGAUCUCCUCCCUGCCUCCGUCGCACCCCACCUACCUGGAGGUGGUGAAGGAGGUGGAGGACAGGAGCCACAGACUCCACCAGGAGUACAAGAUGAACUUCAAGAAGACCAAACGUGAACUAGCUGACAUUCAGAAGGAAAGAACCCUCCACACCCAGGAGGCUAAGUGGUUCAUGAAGGAGGUCCUUAGCAACCCUGUUGAGGUGAAGAUUGCCAGCGAGGGCAUCAUGAGUAAAUGGGACCGCCCCCCGUACAAACAGCGUCUGCGGAAGGGGGAGGGGGCUGGAGGGAGGACAGAGGAGGACAGGAACCAGGAGGACAGGAACCAGGAGGACAGGAACCAGGAGGACAGGAACCAGGAGGACAGCGAGUCGGCCGGCCAGUAGAACCACAGCACCCAGCAAGCACGCUCUCUCUCUCCUGUCCUCGUUAGUAUUGGGUGUCGCUCUCACUGUCACGAUGUCUAUUUCACCCAAGCAGAAUGAUUUCAAAGCGUGCAUUUUGAUUUGGACGAAAACUUUUAUCGUUUGUGAGUCGGUGUUGUUAUAUCAAUUACCAUAUGAACAGAUUAGCUGGUUCUAAAAUAAUACAAUAAAUAUUUUUUUUUAAGUAAAUCAUGAGUUGUAGAAGUGCUCUAAUUUUCACACUGAUGCUAACGCACUCUGCUAAACUGUUGGGCUGGUGGCAUCUCUCACAGUCCUCCAACGUAAAAUAAGACAGUUUAUCAAAGUCUGGAGCAAAACGAGUAGUUUACGUAGUUUUGUUUUCAGCUUUGAAGACAAAAUUCCAGCGGCAUUUCAAUGUUUAUUUGAUUGUAUAAACAAAUCCUCUCUCACAUCUGUUUGUUAGUAUUUACCUUCGCAGGAUGAAAUGAGGCUACAUGUUGGAUAGUGUCUGCGGCAUGUUGUUUGUGCUUGAGUGGAUGUUGUGUGUGGUUUGUACAGUAGACAGAGAGAAGCUGUGGACUUCUCUCUGUUCCCCAACAUGCUCUCCAUCUAAAUCUCAGGGAGCAACUCCUAGCCUCUCGCCCAAGACUGUGCUCACCCAAGACUGUGCUCACCCAAGACUGUGCUCUAACCUCUCACUUCCUUUAUAUAUUAUUUUACUAUUUUACACCCUAGACCCUUAUCUUCACAUUUUGUAGGACUCCCUGUAUCUUGUAUCUCGUAUAUUUUAUAUUUUCUAUAUUUAAAUUGUUACUCUGAGUGCUCUACCGUACCCUGCUGCUGUUGCAAACUGCAAUUUCACUACUG